AUGGGAUGGGUCCUGAGUGUGGCCUCUCUCCUCAUCAUCUCCACCAACCUACUGGUGGUGGCUGCUCUCUUUCAGCUGAUGCGCAGGAAGGGCAGUCAGAGCUGGUGCUUCGUGCUCAACCUGGCCCUGGCAGAUAUCCUGGUGGGCCUGGCUAUCACUGGCAUUGUCACAGACGUGUUUCAAAAUUACAAUACCGUGAACAAUGGAACUAUUCCAAUUACUCAACCGCUACUCCUGAUGCACUCCACACAGAAGACCAAGUGUUUACUCCGCAUGGCCUUCAUCAUCUCCCCCUCAACGGCGUCCAUCUUGUCCAUGUUCCUGAUCUCUCUGGACCGCUACGUGGCCAUCAAGCUGCCGCUGCGCUACUCUCAGCUCACUGGGAGGUGGACCGUGACUGGGGCCCUGGUAGCGCUCUGGAUGGUAUCCCUCACCGUUGGCUUCCUACCAGGCAUGGCAUGGCAGCUCCAGCAGGGAGACUUUGAAAGCAGCAGCCUUUGCACCUUCUUCUCUGUCAUCCGUCCCAAGGGCAUCAUUGUGGUGUUCUGUGCCGUCUUCUUCCCCGUCCUCUCUGUCUUCACCUACUUCUACCUGGACAUUCUGAAGAUAGCUUGCGGCCAUCAGAGGCAGAUCCGCCAGGCCGGCUCCAGGCUGCCCCAGCGCAGCCGCUACUGGGGCCACGUCAAGGCCCUGAGGACCGUGGCUCUGCUGGUGGGCUGUUUCACCCUCUGCUGGUGCCCAUUUUUUGUGGUGUGUGCAGUGCAGAUACUGUGUGAGGCCUGUGAGCUGUACAAGGUGCUGGAGAAUGACCUGUGGCUGCUGGGGCUGUCUAACUCCCUCAUCAACCCUUUGGUGUACGCCUGCUGGCAGAGGGAGGUGCGGCUGCAGAUCGGGGCCCUCUUCUGCUGCGUUAAGUACAGGGUCAGGAACACAGCCGUGUUAGAGGCUAGUGAGAGAUGUCAGACGGAGCUGCGUAUACCCACUCAUACUGUUAUAUCUGUGGACGAUGCCAUGAGCCUGGACCCCACCUUUCCCACGGUCACCAGUGAAGAGGGCCACACUGUACCGUUUUCUGCCUCAACCCCCUUGUGA